AUGGAUUCUCCUACAACCAAAAUCCUAAAAUGGGCUUUAGGACGCAGUGAAAGUAAGUUCGUCCUUCUCAGUCUUUCCGACAACCAAAAUGCCAAAAUCAGUCGUCCUUCUCAGUCGCACGCUAGGGAGAGACUGGGAGAGUUUCAAUUUCUCGACGCAAUUCCUAUAAUUUACCGUUUCAAACCAAACCCACGUCGAAACCCAAUCACCCGCUGUGGUCGGGUCAACCAUAUCCACUGGUCUGUGAUGAAAAGAGGUACUCUCUCUGCCUUUGGAAGUUUCAUUCAGCUCUCUUCACUUCGGUCUUUCCGAGAUACUCCCAACGCUCGUGGACUCGGUUUCUCAACGAUAGCUGACAUCAGACCUUUUCCUGAUUACUCUCCCAAGAAACCUUCAGUCAGAGACUCUGAAUUGGUACACCAAAUCACCAACGUCAUCAAGCUGCGUCGCGCUGAGCCUCUCAGGCGGAGUUUAAAGCCUUACGAAUGCAAGUUCAAGACUGAUCAUUUGAUCUGGGUUCUGAUGAAGAUUCAGUCAGAUUACAGCAGUUUCUGGGAGAGACCAAAGCUGAAUGCUUCUGAUUCCUUUGUACAGUUCUUUGAUCUUUUAGUGUACACCUACAAGGACUGGGGUUCGGAUCCUCAUGUAUUCGAUGUCUUCUUCCAAGUACUCGUUGAAUUUGGAAUGCUCCGUGAAGCGAGGAAAGUCUUUGACAAGAUGUUGAGUUACGGGUUGGUUCUCUCUGUUGAUUCUUGCAACUUAUACCUUGACCGUCUUUCGAAAGGCUGCAAGAAAACUGCAGCAACAGCAAUCAGAGUGUUCAGGGAAUUCUCUCGAGUGGGUGUUUGCUGGGAUGUUACGUCUUAUAACAUUGUUCUUCAUUGUAUUUGUCAACUUGGGAGGAUCAUCGAAGCUCACCAUCUACUCCUGCUUAUGGAGCUGAAGGGAUACACCCCUGAUGUGAUCAGUUACAGCACAUUGAUAAACGGGUACUGUAGAUUUGGGGAGCUUGAAAAGUGUUUGAAGCUCACUGAAGAAAUGAGACACAAGGGGCUGAAGCCUAAUUCUUAUACCUAUGGUAGCAUAAUUCUUUUGCUCUGCAGGACUUGUAAGCUAGCUGAAGCGGAAGAGGCUUUUCGAGAGAUGAUAGUGCAGGGCGUACUUCCUGACACUGUAGUAUACACAAGUCUUAUUGAUGGUUUCUGCAAGCGAGGGGAUAUUCGGUCUGCGUCGAGGUUUUUCUACGAGAUGCAGUCUCUGGAUAUUACACCGGAUGUUUUGACAUACACUGCUGUUAUAUCAGGGUUUUGUCAGAUUGGCGACAUGGUGGAGGCGAGUAAACUGUUCCAUGAGAUGCGUUGCAGGGGUUUAGAACCGGAUAGCGUUGCUUUUACUGAACUCAUACAUGGAUAUUGCAAAGCAGGGCAGAUGAAAGAUGCAUUUAGUGUCCACAAUCACAUGGUUCAGGCUCGUUGCUCCCCGAAUGUUGUGACAUACACCGCAUUGAUCGAUGGUCUCUGUAAGGAAGGGGACUUGGAAUCAGCGAACGACCUUCUCCAUGAAAUGUGGAAAAUAGGUCUUCAACCAAAUAUUUUUACUUAUAAUUCUAUAGUGAAUGGUCUGUGUAAGUCGGGGAAUAUCGAGGAGGUAGUUAAACUUGUUGGAGAUUUCGAAGCUGCGGGAUUUAAGCCAGACACUGUCACUUAUACAACUUUAAUGGACGCCUACUGUAAAGCAGGGGAGAUGGAGAAGGCUCAAGAGGUUCUGAAGGAGAUGCUCGGGAGAGGGCUUCAGCCUAGUGUUGUCACAUUCAACGUCCUAAUGAACGGUUUUUGUUUGCACGGGAUGCUGGAAGAUGGUGAGAAGCUUCUAGAUUGGAUGCUGGCAAAAGGUAUAGCACCUAAUGCAACCACAUACAAUUCUCUGGUGAAGCAGUAUUGCAUUAGGAACAAUCUCAAGGCGGCAACUGCCAUCUAUAAGGACAUGUGUUCUCGGGAAGCAGGGCCUGAUGGUAAGACGUACGAGAACCUAAUACGAGGCCACUGCAAGGCGAGGAACAUGAAGGAGGCAUGGUUUUUGUUCCAGGAAAUGAACGGGAAAGGUAUUAGUGUCUCCUCCAGCGCGUAUAGCGCUCUCAUUAGAGGGUUCUUCAAGAGGAAGAAGUUCGUGGAGGCGAGAGAAGUGUUCGAGCAGAUGAAAAGAGAAGGGUUAGCUGCGGAUAAAGAGAUUUUGGACUUCUUCAGUGAUACAAAAUACAAGGGAAGGAGGCCAGAUACAAUUGCGGAUCCUGUUGAUGAGAUAAUAGAGAAUUACCUUGUAGAUGAGGAACUAAGGGAAGCCAAUUAG